ACCGGCGACUUCCCGUUGUCGGUCUUCAGUCUGACAAAUCUCGAGAAGCUGAAUUUCAACGAGGACAAUAAUUUGAACCUGUGGCAGUUGCCGGAGAAUAUCUCCGGCCUGACGAAGCUGAAAUCCAUGGUGCUGACGACUUGUAUGCUGGAGGGUCGGAUUCCAGCGGCGAUUGGGAACAUGACGGCGCUCGUUGACCUCGAAUUGAGCGGCAAUUUCCUCGUCGGACGGAUCCCCAAGGAAAUCGCACUGCUGAAGAAUUUGAGGCAGUUGGAGCUUUAUUACAAUUUAUUAAUCGGGGAAAUUCCAGAGGAGAUCGGGAAUUUAACAGAGCUCGUGGACUUGGACAUGUCGGUCAACCGGUUGACUGGAAAACUUCCAGAGUCGAUUUGUCGUCUUCCUAAACUCGAAGUUCUGCAGCUUUACAACAACUGCCUCACUGGGGAGAUUCCUGCUGUGAUUUCCAAUUCAACAACUCUCACCAUGUUAUCCCUUUACGACAAUUACAUGACGGGACAAGUUCCGGGAAAUUUGGGGCAGCUGUCCCCCAUGGUCGUUCUCGACUUGUCGGAAAACAACUUCUACGGUCCGUUGCCGACAGAUGUCUGCGGAGGAGGUAAAUUGAUGUAUUUUCUGGUGUUGGAGAAUAAAUUUUCCGGUGAGAUCCCACCGUCGUACGGGAAAUGCCAGUCCCUUUUACGGUUCCGGGUCAGUUCGAAUCGUUUGGAAGGUGCGGUGCCGGCGGGGCUCUUGGGGCUUCCCCACGUUUCGAUUAUUGAUUUCGGGAAUAAUAAUUUGAGUGGGGAAAUUCCGAAUUCUUUCGUUAAAGCCAGGAAUCUGUCGGAAUUGUUCAUGCAGGGUAAUAAGAUUUCCGGCGUGUUGCCGCCGGAAAUUUCUGGGGCGACCAAUUUGGUUAAAAUCGAUUUCAGCAACAAUCUCUUAUCUGGUCCGAUCCCCUCGGAAAUUGGGAAUCUGAAUCGGCUUAAUUUGCUCCUUUUGCAAGGAAAUCGUCUGAAUUCUUCAAUACCCAGUUCGCUUUCUGAGCUUAAAUCUCUCAACGUCCUUGAUCUCUCCGACAAUCGAUUGACGGGGAAAAUCCCAGAAAGUCUCUGCGAAUUGUUGCCGAAUUCCAUAAAUUUCUCGAACAAUCAACUCUCCGGCCCAAUUCCUCUGUCUCUGAUCAAAGGUGGGUUAGUGGAAAGCUUCUCCGGCAACCCGGGACUGUGCGUUUCGGUCUACUUGGACUCAUCGGACCAGAAAUUCCCCAUCUGUUCGCAGAAUUACAAUCGAAAGCGAUUGAAUUCCAUCUGGGCAAUCGGAGUAUCGGCAUUCAUAAUCCUGAUCGGAGCUGCCCUGUAUCUAAGACGGCGAUUGAGCAGAGAAAAAGCAGAAAUGGAACAGGAGGAGACGCUGUCGACAUCGUUCUUCUCGUACGACGUGAAGAGCUUCCACCGAAUUAGCUUCGACCCAAGAGAGAUAAUCGAAUCGAUGGUGGACAAGAACAUAGUGGGCCGCGGCGGGUCGGGGAUGGUGUACAAAAUAGAACUAAGAAGCGGGGAAAUGGUAGCGGUGAAAAAGCUGUGGAGCCGGAAGGGGAAGGAUACGGCGUCGGAUCAGGAGCAGCUGCAUCUGGUGGACAAGGAGCUGAAGACGGAAGUGGAGACGCUGGGGAGCAUAAGGCACAAGAACAUAGUGAAGCUGUACUGCUACUUCUCGAGCGUAGAGUGCAGCCUGUUGGUUUAUGAGUACAUGCCAAAUGGGAACUUGUGGGACGCGCUGCACAAGGGCUGGGUCCAUUUGGAGUGGCCGACGCGGCACCAGAUAGCGCUGGGAAUAGCGCAGGGAUUGGCUUAUCUGCACCACGAUCUGUUGCCUUCUAUAAUCCAUAGGGACAUUAAGACCACUAAUAUUCUGCUGGAUGUCAAUUAUCACCCUAAAGUUGCGGACUUCGGUAUUGCUAAGGUUUUGCAAGCCAGAGCCGGCAAGGACUCCGCCACCACCGUCAUUGCUGGCACUUACGGCUAUCUCGCCCCCGAAUACGCGUAUUCGUCGAAAGCAACGACAAAAUGCGACGUGUACAGCUUUGGAAUCGUGCUAAUGGAGCUAAUAACGGGGAAGAAACCAGUGGAGGCGGAGUUUGGGGAGAACAAGAACAUUAUAUAUUGGGUGUCGAACAAAGUGGACACAAAGGAAGGAGCCAUGGAAGUUUUGGACAAGAGAGUUUCAGGGUCAUUCAAGGACGAGAUGAUUCAAGUUCUAAGGAUUGCCAUUCGGUGCACCUACAAGAAUCCAGCCCUUCGACCCACCAUGAAGGAGGCGGUUCAGCUUCUCAUUGAGGCUCACCCUUGCAAAUUCGAUUCUAUUUCUCACUGCAACACGACCACCAAAUGCAACUAACUAAUCUCCCUGCCACAUCUUCAGAUCAAUGAGGUGGAUGGACUUGAAGAGACAUAUGAACACCAUAGUACCACACAAAGAGGAGUUUGAGAGUUAGCUACAAGCAAGCCCCUUGGCAACAUUAAAUGAUCAUAUCCUAGGAGCAUCAUGUAAGAGGUUUAGGACCCGAGACGAAGAACAAAUCUUUUAAGGCGAUUUUUUAAAAACAAGUAUAAUGAAAAGUAACUUUCAUAUUCAAAAAG